AUGAACAAUAACCAGCCCAAUUCUACAAUAUUAUACAUAAAUACAAGCUCCGAAUUCAAAUCUGUUACGUUACAGUGCGUAAAUUUAGUCAAUAACUCACAAGAGCAAAAUGAAUAUGGUGUUAUAAGAUCAGAUGUUAAUAUAACAAUGAUUAACUGUGUAAUGCGAAAUAAUUCAGGCCGUCAAUUAUUUACAGAAAAUACAAAUGAUAUUAAACUGAUAAACACUUUCAUUGAUGUAGAAGACUAUAAUAUUAGUAAUGUCUUGGUUUUGCAGCCUGUUAGUAGCUUUAUUGACUGCGGACAAAUCAAAAAAAUCCCUUGUACAAUGGAUAAGUUCUGCGAAACACUUUAUUUCCAACAUGGUGCAACAAGUAUGACAAUUAGUGAUCCUAAACUAUAA